AUGUCCUUCGUCUGCUCUCUCGAGACAAAUCAAUCGUAUCAGGGUGUGUCAGGAUGCGGCAAGUCGACACUUGGAAUGGCUCUCGCGUCCGCACUUUCUGUCCCAUUCCUUGAUGCCGACGAUCUUCACCCGCCCGCCAACGUCGCUAAGAUGAGUGCCGGCACUCCACUCACAGACGCAGACCGUGCGCCCUGGCUUGUGAAAGUCCGCGAUGCUGCACAGAACGCGGUGAAAGAGAUCGAUCAAGGCGAAUCCACGACUGGCAGAGGGGUGGUGGUCGCGUGUUCGGCGCUGAAGAAGAGCUAUAGAGAUGUUCUACGAGGCGAGCGGAUCACGCUGUCGGAAGAGACGCAGGACCAUACCGAAGUAUUGUCCGUCGCUCGCCAGUCAGAAGAUUCGCGCGGGAAGGUGGAUCCAUCAUCGGCCCUUCCUGAUAUACGCACAUUCUUCGUACACCCCAGCGGACCACGGGAUGUCCUCUUGUCUCGCAUGCACGGCCGCCAAGGGCACUUCAUGAAAGCUGAUAUGCUCGACUCACAACUCUCCACGCUGGAGGACCCGCUUGAUACGGGGGAGGACGCGGUUGUGCGCGUGAGUGUCGAGGAUGAAACAGGCAUGCAGUUGAGGGAGGCUGUUGACGCCCUGAGGAAUUUUGGCAUCAUAUCUACGCAGAGUCCUGGUGCGAAAGUGUUGUGAUACUCGGCUGUGCACCGGAGAUAGUAUUACGAUCCCUGCAGUAAGUAGGUAUGGGGGUUGGGCGAUAUACUUUUGGAUCCCUCCCCCCCAGGUCCGUAUGAGUACAAGAAUAGAGAUAGAGAUAUGUGCGGCACGGAAACGCCAGCGCCUUCGAGUGAUAGUAUGCUAGGUGUGCGCACACCUAGCAUACUAUCACUCGAACGCGGAGAGAG